AUGCCCGGGGAGGUGCGUGAGCGUGUCCGCGAGACCCGCGAGAGCGGCGUCGCGGCGAGGCGCCUUCGUGCGGAGGGCGCGCCGCCGAACGGCCCGCGUGCGGCGCGGCCGGGGCCGACGGGGACGGAGGUUGUGGCGCUGAAGGACGCGCGGGAGGACGGCGAGGUGGUGAUGGUGCAGAGGUCUUCCUCCGUGACCUCCGCAAUGGGCCGGAGGACGAGCCACGCGCUCCACUUCCGCGGCCACAAGUGGUCGUCGGUGCUGAAGAAGCACCGCGCCGCGCUGGAGGCGGCCGUCGUCGCGGACAUCGUCGAGGCGACCGGGCUGGACGCGCGGCGGAUCGAGAACAUCACCCUCGCCUUCACGGACGUGCUCGUUGUGACCUUCACCGUGCGCCCCCAGGACCACCCCGACGCCAUCGCGGACGUCCACGUUGCCCUCCAGACGUGCAACUUCCCCCGCACCACUGCGCUCUACCGCAACUACCGCUCCUUGCAGAAGUGA